AUGCAUUCUUCUCUUAUCUUCACCAUUCUCGCCACUACCGCGACUCUCGCUGCUUCUGCUUCCGCCAACGGCCCGCAGGGAGACGACACCGUCUGCGCCCCCGGGACCGGGUUCUUCCAAUCCUGCAGCAGCGGCUUCCGAGGUUGCUGCAAGGCUGACGCCUGCACUAUUGGCUACUGCCCCGAUGUGACCGGCACUACAGAUAACACCCCUGUUGUCACGGUCACUCCCGCCGCCACCCCGAACUACAAGGCCCACUCGGAGCCGAAGACCGCCGUCGACCCCACCGUUUGCAAGCCCGGCACCGGCUUUUUCCAAAAGUGCGCCAACGGGUUUGAGGGAUGCUGCAAACAGGACGCCUGUACCUUGGGAUACUGUCCCUCUACCGACGAGAAGCGCGAUGACCCCACGGUCUGCCCUCCCGGCACUGGGUUCUUUCAGUCAUGCAGCAACGGUUUCCGCGGCUGCUGCAAGACUGACGCUUGCUCAAACACGAUUGGAUACUGCCCUACUGUGAACGUCAGGCGCGAUGAUCCUACCGCCUGCGCUCCUGGUACCGGCUUCUUCCAGUCCUGCUCCAACGGCUUCCGUGGUUGCUGCAAGCAGGAUGCUUGCACCAUUGGAUAUUGCCCCGAUCUCAAGGUCCGCGAGUCCGCAGUGAAGCGCGAUGAUACCGUCUGUGCCCCUGGCACCGGCUUCUUCCAGUCCUGCUCCAACGGCUUCCGCGGCUGCUGCAAGCAGGAUGCCUGCACCAUCGGCUACUGCCCGGACGUCAAGGCCUUCGAGACUGUUACAAAGACCGGCCCUAAGACUACUGCUACUCCUAAGCCGAACCAUGAGUGGCAGCCUGAGCCCAAGUCAACCGACCCAACGGUGUGCGCCCCUGGCACUGGUUUCUUCCAGUCUUGCAGCAACGGCUUCCGAGGCUGCUGCAAGAAGGAUGCCUGCACUAUUGGCUACUGCCCCUCCAACUAA